AUGGUUCAGAGUUCAGAGUUCACCAAACUUUAUAAAACAAUUCAGGGUACAGAGUUCACCAAACCUUGUAAAACUAUUCAGAGUACAGAGUUCACCGAACCUUGUAAAACUAUUCAGGGUACAGAGUUCGCCAAACCUUGUAAAACUAUUCAGAGUACAGAGUUCACCAAACCUUGUAAAACUAUUCAGAGUACAGAGUUCACCAAACCUUGUAAAACUAUUCAGGGUACAGAGUUCACCAAACCCUGUAAAACAAUUCAGGGUACAGAGUUCACCAAACCUUGUAAAACUAUUCAGAGUACAGAGUUCACCAAACCUUGUAAAACUAUUCAGGGUACAGAGUUCACCAAACCUUGUAAAACUAUUCAGGGUACAGAGUUCACCAAACCUUGUAAAACUAUUCAGGGUACAGAGUUCACCAAACCUUGUAAAACUAUUCAGGGUACAGAGUUCACCAAACCUUGUAAAACUAUUCAGGGUACAGAGUUCACCAAACCUUGUAAAACUAUUCAGGGUACAGAGUUCACCAAACCUUGUAAAACUAUUCAGAGUACAGAGUUCACCAAACCUUGUAAAACUAUUCAGGGUACAGAGUUCACCAAACCUUGUAAAACUAUUCAGAGUACAGAGUUCACCAAACCUUGUAAAACUAUUCAGGAAGCGAGGAAUCUGAUGGAGGGCACAGCUGAUACAGGGCCACGUCAUACGCUGCAUCUUGAUCAUGAACCCAUCGAGCAGCGAACAUAUGAACUCCUCCUACCACCAGAUGGCGCCAACAGCAAACAACCAAAAGUGCGUAAGGUGGCAGCAGGUCCAGCCUUGCCCUCCUACAAAGGUUUUAGCGAGACAGAAGUCAGGUAUAAACAUACAGAGCCUAAGCCAGUGAAAACUCACGACAUUCGCAAAAAGGAGAGGCGCAAGAAAACUAGCUUUAAACUGCAGGAAAAGAAACCAGACUUUUUCGAUGAUGACAGAGAUGACAAAGUACCUGACAAACCAAAGAAGAUGACUAGAGUAAUUGCUUCUAGCUCAAGGAAACCUGGCAAACAAGAGGCACAGAAAAAAGAAAUCAUCACAACGUCGUCCUGGAGGGCUGGUCAAGAAUUGGUAUUGCGAGAACUGGGACCAGUGAAAGUGAGACGAACGUCACAGACCUCUCAAACAAGUGACCCACCAGAUCAAGCUGCACAUGCAGCAGAAAUCGCAGAUGAACGAGAUGCUGAUUUCCACAUGCAAGACUUUGAAGCAAACAAGGACCAUGCCUCUACCACUGCAGCUGAACUUGAAAGAGCACGUGUCCUGUCCGAGGAGGCCCGAAGAGUUCUCAGUGACCUCAACUAUGGUUCAGAUGAAGAUGAUGGUAAGGGGAAGCAAGGUGACGGUGGAAAACAUCGACCUCGCAAGUCAGCAACAAAAAGAAAGGCCCCUAAAUCAACUGAGUCGGAGAAACAGCAGCCAAUAGCUAAGCAUCGCCAUUAUGAUGCCAAGGAAGUGAGGCGUUACAUACAGCAGCAGAAACGUGCAAGGUUACGACAGCAACGAGAAGAUGAACAAAAACAGAAGGAAGCAGACAAAGUGAAACGCAAACAGCUAGAGGAAUUGUACAACAAACAGAAGCAGUCAGCUGUAACCUCAGCUUCACACAGCAAAAAGGUCAAGGAUGGAACGGAACAUCGUGACGGGAGACAGAGUCGUCACAGAGGAGAUGAAACCUUUAUUCACCCAGCUAGUUUGGCUGAUCUACCGCGACACCAUCCUUUCCACGAAAACAGACAGAGAAUGAUGGUGAGCAGUGAAUCGGAGAAAGAGAAUCGAGGAGUUCGUCACACAGAUGAGGAGAUGAGUGAUGAUAGCUCAACAAUAACAGGGGAUUCAAUGGAGGAAGAAGAAACCACAGAAACUGCCACUCCAAGAGUGGAAGCUGAGAAGACGAAAGUGAAAUUUGCAGGGAAAAUUAAGGACAAGGACAGUGAAUUGGUGCCAAAUAAUUUUUCAGUUGAUGGUGAAAACAAUAUUCGAAAUGUUGGUGGAUUUACUUUUAAUGUUGAGGGAGUAAUGAGUAAAUUCUCUCAAGCUCUCCAUAACAAAGGGGAGCAACUCUCAUCGAACUCGGGGUUGGGGGGAUCUGUGCCAUCAGCGAAUGGAGGCUACAAUGCAGCGUCGUCUGAAGGUGCUACAGAACUGCCACGGUCUCGUGCUGACAGAAUUCAGGCUAUAAAAGCCACUGCUGCCACUCUGCAGAGUCGAAUUCAGGCAGAAGCUCGAAAAAUCACCGGCCAUGAUGUGGAAGGUGCAGCCAAUUCAAAUCCAAACUCCCGAUGGGCAUUACCUCGUGCCGGAGGAUCACAGGAAAAUGAUGAGUUUGUGUCGCGCUAUGAAAGGAUGAUUGGCGCUGAUACUAAUUACUCAGUGUUCGCCUCAAACCUGCCAGGUACUCAGCAGGAAUCACAUGGAGACCCAGAAGGUCUUGAUGACAGCAGUAUAGAACCAGAGGCUGCUGCCAUCAGGAUUCAGGCGGCCUACAGAGGCCACACAGUACGGCAGAGCCUUAAUUGGAAACUGCCAUCAGGUCGUACCAUGUUAGCUAGUCACAGAGAUGGGCAGGAUGAUGAGGAGUCAUCCAUAUCAGAGACCUCAACAUUUAGUGAUAUAACAAUAACGGAGGAUUCCGAAAAUUCAUUGUCAUCACCACCCCGCAAGAUUGGUGCUGGACUACGAGACAAAGACUUCCAUGCAGGAGCCAAAAGGUCACGACCUCAGGAGAUGAACAUUCCACGACCCCAAGGGCAGACAACCAAAUACUCCUGGGAGGAUCCAACGUCUGAUCCGUACUCUGUCCUCAAUGUGUUCGCCAGGCAAAAACGCAACCAAGUAAAACAGCGCCAGGGACCUGUAGGGGAAGAGAGUCGUGUGCCAAAAUCUCGAGCUUCUGUUGAGGAGGAUGAGGUGAAACGGGAGAAAGUGACAUCGCAACAGACUGCUCCUAAACCGGCUGCACGGUCAGGUGGGGACAGUCGAAGUCGCAGUCCAGGGGUGGGAUACCACCCAGAGAGCUCUCACCUUGUCAAUACAGGACUACGCACAUCAAAUUUUGCUUCAAUCACAGAAAGCUUGAAAAACAAACCUGAUAUUACACAGCCAAAAACAGCAUCAGUGAGUUUCCAGAUUGGGACUGAGAAAAGUGAUGAUGACACUUUGGAGGAAGACUCCUACGUUAAGACUGCAGACAGCGGGGAUGAUAGAAAACAAAAACCAUACAAGUAUGAAAAAAGACCAACCAAGCCCCAGCCCAAGUCUUCGUCCAUCAAGCCAGUGCGCAAGGAGGCAUCGGGCUCAGACGCCGGGCGCAAAGAAGGCUCAGAGAGUGACGUGUCAUUAGAAACAGAUCGCCCAAGUUACUCCUUACAUCGUCCGUCAUAUGAGGCUUCUGAGGAUGCUACAAGUCUGAAGUUUCCAGCACGAUACUCUCCAAAUACUCUGGAGCGACAAUUCCACACAGAGCUUAACCAGCUAGAGAGUAUGGAGGAGAGUAUGAGACAACUGACCAACAUGGAACGUACACGUGCUGUUUCUAUGGCUCAGCAGGAGACAGUCUCACUUGCCCAGAUGCUUAAGGCUCGUCAACAAGAGCACAGUAAGGAAAUGAGUGUGUUGGAACUCAAGGCACAGAGGGAGAUGCUUGACGCUACAAAGGAGUUGAAUGACGUCCGUCAACGAUCUAUGGAGGUCACACAGACAGCAGCUGAGGCCAUAACACGACUGCGUGCUGUACCCACCGACACUAACCAGAAUAAACAGAAGACUGGGCGCAAGGUCACAGUAGAUACAAGGUCUAGGUCAGAGGUCACAAGCCUACUGGAGACGGACAAUAUCAGACCACGCAAAAAUAGAACGACAACAUCAGCAAAGGAUUUGGAGAGAGGUGUACCGGAUUCUGCAAGGACAGCCACCUCCUACACUAUGGAUAGUCGUACAGCCCGGUCCAGAGAUGCAAAAACACCUGACAGUGUGCGUACAGCCAGUGAUAGCCGCAAGAACCUCGACAGUGACUCCUCUAUACGCUCUGUCUCAGGGGCAGAAGCACGUGACGAGUCGCGCUCAGAUAGCAUCAUAGAAGAUAUCUUGCAAGGAGAUGAAUAUUCUGUUACGUUUGACGACACGAUGACGGAGGAUGAGAUGGAGGAGAAAUCUUUCAAGGCAAUCCUGCCAUCAGAAAGUCAUCGGAAACGUGCUAAGAAACACUCCGGAGACAACAUGUCUGUGACAUCAGAUGAAGGCAGUGUCUCGUCAGUGCCAACCACACCCAGGAUGUCCCUUGAUGACCUCAGCUCAUUUUUUACUGGUGAGGAGUCCUUCAACAAAUUUACAGAGGAGAUGGUUCGACAGUUUAUGAGGGAGGAAGAAUUGAGGGCACAACACCAGGGUGCAUUGUUACGCCUCCGGGAGAAGGCUUUGACUGAGAAGACAAAAGCUGAACUUGCCUGGCUGGACCAGCAACGACAGAAUCUUCGCAACAAAGGAGCAGACGACAAUUACCCACAGAUCAUCAAACGGCAACGUGGGCUCAAGAUGAGGCUUCAAGAACAGCAGGCUGAAAUCAAGAGACUCCAGGAAUCCAACAAAGCUGCUUCUCUAGAACGGCAGCGACUUUUGAAGCAACACACCGAGAUCAGUCGUAUGAGAAAAAAUACAUUGAAGACCAAAGAAAGGUUAAAAGGGAAUGGCCGACUUGGACGUCCAUCAGAAGUUCACACCGAAGAUGAAGUCAGCAAUUUUGAUGACCAGAGAGAUGCUACUAGUGGACGUAAGAAGAAAGAUUACAAGUCGGACUCUGAGAUAUACACAGAACCCAAAGAAUCACACAAGAAGUCCAUGGAUGAUUCCUCAGCUCUGGACAAACUCAAGAAAAUCCAUUUCGAUGAGAGGUUCUUGACAGCUAGAGAACAAAAGCUGCUUGACCGACGGAAAAAAGCUGAGGAACUAUUGAGAUGGAAGCAGCGUUUGGACCAUGAAGAAUCCAGGGUGUUUAAGAUGGAGCAAAAAGCUAUCAGAAUGUGGGAGACACCAGACAACCGUCGACCAGAGAAAAUAUCUGGCAAAGAUGAUCGUAGAUCAGCCAAGACUCCAGCUAAAACCUCGAAGGAUGACCAGGCUGAAAGCAGUAAAGUCCGACAGAGAAAUGAAACAAAAGAAUCUCAGACUGCUUCAACCAUACAAGAGAGCACCAUUGCCUCUGCUAGUGUAAUGACUGCUAAAGACGACUCUGUGCGGCGUAGCAUAACAGACACUCCUAGGACAGACCUCGCUAGUGGAAGUGAGAGCUCACCAGAGGAGAGACUUCGGGAACGCGAUAACAAGGCUAUCAACAGUGGCAGUGAAAGUUCUAUUGUUGAAGAACUGGCAUCAAUAUCCAGUGUGGAUGAUGGUAGUCCUGCCACUCCCAGGGUUCGCAAGUCGCGAUCAUCCGCAGCGGACGACACAAUUAUCAAUGACAGCCAGUAUAACAAUGAUUCCUUUGAGGAGACAAGUGUUCAGGGCACCAGUAGUAAGAGAAGUGGUAAAUCUCCACGCUCUCCCCUUGACCGAAUCCCCCAGGGGCUCACAUGGUUGUCUGGACGCACAGUUCGUAACGGUAACCGCUCACCUUUCAGUCGUUACCGCAGCUCAGAGAGCGAAUCAGAAGAAUCCAUUUCACACACAGAGUCCUACACAGAAACCCAGUCAGACUUCAGUGAUUAUGAGGGGCGAGUUCGUGCCUUGAAUGAAGAACUCAAACGACGCAAAGUGGAGGCAGAUAGACUCAGGAAAGAACGCAAGAAGAGGAAAAAAGAAAUACUAAAAAACAAAGAAGUAGCUCUGAAGAAACAAAUCGAGGCGUACGAUAACCAAAUAGUCCAACUGAAGGCAGAGUUACAGAAGGAGAUGGAACAUGAACCAGUUAAAUCUAGUGUAAGACCUCAGAUAAAACAGCCAAAAGUUAGCCCACCAAAAUCAAGGCCAAGGCAGGAAGCAAACACCCCAACUAAGAAGGGAAGUAACUCUUCUAUCAGUGAGGACAGCAAGGAAGGCACUGACUCUGCCCAAAGUUCACCCUCCAUCACAGAAGAUACAAAACAACAGAGCUCACCAUCACCAAAGACUGCUCCAUCUACACCGUUGACCAAAGCUGGAUCCUUGGAGAAGAUUUCAGAAGCUAGUGAAUCCACAAUUAGUAGGUCAAGGUCAGAAAAUACAACACAAAGGUCAUUGCACAAACAAUUCAGGAAUGAUGAUUCAUCAAUAAGAACAGAAAUAUCAGAAGAUAUUGAUGAAAAUAUUGAAGCUGUGGAGGACAGUGUUUCUGAACAAUCCAAAUCUGAUUUGUUGCAUAUUACAAAGGAGUUGCCUCCCCUUUCAAAGUCUGCUGCUUCUGUGUCGCAAGUCGAUGAUGCAAGUUACACAGAGGACUUUACAGGCCAUGAUGGUGUGUCUGCCAUCGGAAAACUACCUCAGAGUGCUCGUAGUGACAUGUCCGAUCACACCGAGAUUAGGCAGCACACAGACAAUAUAUCAGAGCAGAUAAGUGAAUUGGUGUCUGUACGAUCUGAGGACUCGCACUUCGUUCAGCCUCUGGACCUUCGCAGUCAUCAGGAGCAGGUUGAUGAUGGGUACCUGGACCAGAAAUCUCCACGCUCCAUUUCCACAGCUUCACGGCCAUCAAGUGGGCGCUCACAGUCCAGUCAGAACCUCAAUGGUUCGUUUGAUGACUCAGAUAUUGAACCCAGUCAAACAUCAUCAGUACCCCAGAGUCAAGGUGACCUGUCAAGACCUGGUGAAAUUAUCAUGGGGGUUUUUGAUGGAGAAGAGAUUGAUGAUGAAGAGGAGACUCCCAUCGCUUCCCCUCGUGAUGAGACCCCAAAAGUGAUAGAUAUAAUGUGUGACUUCAACAAGGGUGAUCGUGUCCUUGUGACAGGGCCUAGGGGUGUUCGCAGUCCAGGCAUUCUUCUGUUCAAGGGCAAGGUCACUUUUGCUCCAGGGAUCUGGGCUGGAGUAGAGCUUGAAGCUGCGGAUGGCAGAAAUGAUGGUUCUCAUGAGGGUGUACGUUAUUUCUCAUGCAAACCAGGCCAUGGUGUCCUGGUACCAGGUGACGACUUAAUGCCUGCUCCCGCCGUCAGGAGCCCACGUCGAAGCUUUACAAGUUCACAUGAUGAUGAAUCUAUUACAACGGAUGACCAGGAGGAUUCAGAUCUGAGUCGAGUCAUCAUAGAGGCGGGAGAAAAUGUGUCCAAUUUUAGUGAAGAGAGAUUACAUGAGCAAGAGGCUCUCACAAACAAGAUCACUGAUGAAAUUCUGGUGGAUUUGGUCCGAAAUGACAUGAAAACUAUGAACAGAAUUCAGGACAGAAAGGUAACCCCACCUGCUGUGGCACAAAAACCUAGCAAACGACCAGAAGUGUCUAAUGAUGGUGCUAACACACUUCACAUGAAUGGUAAUGUGGACAGUGAUGUUGAAAGAGACAUCAACCAGAAUGAUAAACACUCGCAAAUUACGAAGAAAUUAAUCGAAAACUUAACGAGUGAUGCAAUAGAUGAGAUGAUUGUAAUUCGUAAUAAACAACGUGAUCGACAAGAGCCUUUACGUAGCGGAUCUCAGGGCCAGUUUUCAUUUGACAAAGAUCCCCAGGUGCUUUUUCCGAAUCAAGAGACUGGGUCCAUAGAGAGGAGGAACUUUCCAGGAGAUAAACCGGAGAAUGCUCGUCCUGGCUCCCCAAUACCAGGCAGCUCUCCCCGUGCCACAAAGGAAGGAAACAAGGAGUUGGAUGAAGACUUGAAUUACUUGCUAUAUGGUGACAAGGAAGAUGAAUACUUUGAAGAUGAAGCCAUACCCUCUCCUACAAUGAACCAGCUCCCUCCUCCGUACCCAGGUAUACAGUCAGAGUUGAUACCAGACACUGGAAAUCCCAACUUCCACCAGGUACAAGAAGAUGUGUUUUUCUCUGUACCACAUGAGCGCCAUGAGAUAGAAGAGGUGGUGUCAAGUGCUGUGGAUGUGUUCUGGAACCAACGUCGCUACGGCGAAUCUCUAGAGGGACUUGAGCCUCCAGAAACCUACUAUUCUACAGAGGACAACAACAAUGAUGUGGACAGUAAGAGCCGACGCGUUUUCGAGAAGUUACUUUUCGAUUCAACAGGAGAUAUUAUACGUGAUAUUUACAGGGAGGAAGACAAUGACGGUACGUGUGCCUGGAAACAAACAAAACGGACACGACAAAAAUACUUCAGAGGUGCUAAUCCCCCAACGACAAUAGACGUAUUAAAACCAAUUGUUCAGAAGGCUGUGAUUGAAAUUCUAGGAUUAAAUGGUUCCAGGAAAGUUGACAAAAAUAGAUGGAGUGUUCGGAAAAAGAAGGACCAUGUAGACAAUAUCUUAGUUGAGGAAUUAAGAGAGGAGGAACCUGAUUGGGUGAAUUACGAUGACGACGAGACUGCUGUUAAGAUGCAGCUCACUGAGGCCAUUUUCGAAACAUUGUUGACAGAUACUGUACAGACGAUGAAUAAAAUAUAUCGUAAAAAACAAAUGUUGAGUCAGCAACACCAAUGACUAUGAAAUGGACCUGGCCCCACUGGUGUACACUUCAUGCCAAACAGCAUGCCAAACGGGGCACAAAGACAUAGUAGUGCAAGCCAAACGUUGAACUGAUUGGCAAUUAUUGCUGUUCAUGCUAAGUUGCUGAGAAAUUGGCAUGCUGUAUCUCAAUAUAUUAUGCCAAAUAUUAGACCUUGUGCUAGAAAAUAGAGAAAAUGUUUUUAAUACGUAGAAACAUGUUCAAAGAUUAAAUAAGUGAAGUAUAAUGUGACACUCACUCCUGUGACAGUUUUAUAACUGAUUUGUAAGAAUUUGCUGCCCUCAGCUGUGGUUAUAUACCACAACGUAUACCAACAGAUGUAUUCAAAUCAUCCCCAACCAUAGCGGACAUCAUCCCAAUUCGUACAUAUCAUGCUCACCCAUAUAACUUCUAGCCAAGUGUACUUGUGAGUAAGAUGUAGAACCAUAUAUGGAGUGUGUUUUGAAACCAAGUCUUAACCACCAGGUCAGUGGAUACUGUCACACGAAAACUUCUCUAUGAAAACAAAUUAACAAAAGUUAAAAAGGAGAAAGAAAAAAAAGAUAAAAUCUUAGUUUUGUUUUCAUUUAAAGACGAUAAAGUAUCUAUUUUAUUUAAUCAAUUAUCAAGAUUAAAUUUUCUUAUUACAUUGAAAUUUUAAGCGGAUGUCAAAGAAGAAAUAAACACACUCUGAAAAUAUGGCUUUAUCACAUAGUUGGAUGACUGGGAGAAGCAUGGGGAGCUGUGUGUUUAUAUGCUGUAUAUAGUCUUAUUUAUUCCAUUUGAGGAAAAUAGUUGGAUGGAUGUGUAUUUAAUGUCUAAAAGUAGUUGAGAGUCUGUUGGUACCUGUAAUCAUGUAAACAUCUGCCAUCAUCAUGAUUCCUCUCCGGAUUGUGCUGGAAACUGUAGUAAAAAUCAUGAGUGUGUAAAUUGAAGUGAGGUAAAAACUAGUUAGUAUGAUGAGUGCUUGUUACUGUGAAUGCUACUAAGUAUAUACUGUAUGAUAUAGCGGGGAUCAGGUGUUUAGUUACUCACAUCCAGUUCCUGCUAGACCUGACCCCCAGUGUUGUAAGGCAGGGCUGGAUCUAGGAUUUUGGGAAAAGGAGAUUCAUUUUGGCUGGGUAGUUCUUAAAAAAACUCUGAAUGUUACACCUCACAUUGAAAAUACUGUAUCUCUAUAAGGUACACUUUGCUUUAAGUUUUGAAGAGAGAAAGAACUCCAGAAUCUCUCCUGGAUCCAUCAUUGUAUGGAAUCGUUAUUGUUCAUCACAUUUCUGAGUGCUGUUUGUUGAUUGGUGAAUGCUGUUUCUUUGUUUUGAAAAAAUCUGUGCUUGUAAACUAAUUUAAUGAGGUAGCUAUUUAAAAUGUAUAUAAUAUUGUAACAUACACAUAUCAGUAAUAUUGAUUUAAUUUCAAGAAUGUUUACAGCCCAGUCUUAGUUCAUAAUACAGAUAAAUAUAUCUGUGAAAUAGUUUAAGAAUUUGUU